GGACACAGAGACACACGCAAAAAAUAAAUAAAUAAAUAAAUAACAUGUAAAAAAAAAAAAUCAAGUUCGGUGUUUAAUGCAACGUACGGGGUAGCAUAUUGUAGCAGGUGAAGAACGAUAGUAGCACUGGAUACUACAAAAGGAAAAGGAAAUAAGUUCAGAGGCUCUCAAGUUCGGACUUUUUGUAAAAAUAAAAGAAAUAACAUUUUUAUACAUAUAUUUAAGUGUGGAAGAUGGCAGCAAACAUGUACAGGGUUGGAGAUUAUGUCUUCUUUGAAAACUCCUCAAGCAAUCCGUAUUCAGUAAGACGAAUAGAAGAACUCAACAAGACAGCCAAUGGCAAUGUGGAAGCCAAGGUGGUGUGCUUCUACCGAAGGAGGGACAUCCCCAGCAAUCUCAUCGCUUUGGCAGACAAGCACGCCAAGGAUCUGGAGGAGGAGAUGGAGGGUGAGAGCUUGCAGCAGCUCAGCGACAAACAGAGACACCAGCUCAAGCACAGAGAACUCUUCCUCUCCCGACAGCUGGAGUCCCUUCCUGCCACUCAUAUACGGGGGAAAUGCUGCGUCACCCUGCUGAAUGAAACAGAAGCAUUGUUCUCGUAUUUGGAGAAAGAGGAAUGCUUCUUCUACUGUCUGGUGUACGAUCCCCAGCAGAAGACUCUGCUGGCUGACAAAGGGGAGAUCCGCGUUGGACCCAGAUUCCAGGCAGACAUCAUUGACCUGCUGAAGGAGGGGGAGGAUGAUGGGAGAAACCAGGCGGAACUAGAGACCAAGGUCUGGGAGCCGCUGAACCAGCUGACGGACCAGCAGAUCGAUCAGUUCCUGGUCAUAGCGCGCUCGGUGGGCACCUUCGCCCGGGCUCUUGACUGCAGCAGCUCUGUCCGGCAGCCGAGCCUUCACAUCAGUGCAGCGGCUGCGUCAAGGGACAUCACCCUGUUUCAUGCCAUGGACACCCUCCACGGGACAUCUUAUGACAUGUCCCAGGCCAUCCUCGUCCUGGUGCCCCAGGGUGGACCUGUCCUGUGCCGGGACGAGAUGGAGGAGUGGAGCGCAUUGGAGGCCAGCCUCUUCGAGGAGGCGCUGGAGAAGUACGGCAAGGAUUUCACUGAUAUCCGGCAAGACUUCCUGCCCUGGAAGUCCUUAACCAGUAUCAUAGAAUAUUAUUAUAUGUGGAAGACCACUGAUAGAUAUGUCCAGCAGAAGCGCUUAAAAGCAGCUGAGGCAGAGAGCCGACUGAAGCAAGUUUACAUCCCAAACUACAACAAGCCAAACCCCAACCAGAUCAGCACCAGCAACAGCAAGGGGGGCCUGGUGAACGGGUCGGGGUCCCAGAACCAGACCGCUUCCGCUGACUGGGUCUGUGAGAGCUGCUACUCGAUCCAGUGCUACCAGUGGUACUCCUGGGGCCCAACAAACAUGCAGUGUCGAUUGUGCACCUCCUGCUGGAACUAUUGGAAGAAGUACGGUGGCCUGAAGAUGCCCACACGCCUGGAGGGUGAGCGGGCCAGCUCCAACAGGAGCAGCAUGAGUCCGUUCGGCUACUGGGUGAAGAACGCCAACCCUAAGUACACGCUGAAGACCAAGCAGGCCUUCUGCCUGCAGGUCACCGCGCUGACCAGGAUGGCACGGCGGCAGUGCCUGGCCCUGCUCCAGCCUCGGCGUGCCGGCCGCCGGCCCUUCAGCCCCGUCGACGGCUCCGCCAUCAUGACCGAGUGCGUCGCUGCCGGACUGAGUGCAGCCAAAGCAGAGGCAGUGAGACCACUGAAGCUGAAGCCCACAGCACGGAAACCUCUGGAAAAGAUCGUCAAGCAUUUAGAGCUGCACCCAUACGUGAAGCCGGAGAAAUCGAAGCCCCCCUCCACCCACCCGUCACAGGUAUCGGGCUCGAACCCGGCCACCGUGGUGCCAGUAAUCAACCACGGCUCCACCACCAUCCUGGGAAAGCGGAGCUACGAGCAGCACAACGGCCUUGAAGUAGCUAACAUCAAGAAGCGUUUGCUGAUGCCAUUGCGAGGGUUCCCAAAUCACAGUCAAGUAAGACCAGUUGGCACGAUGAACAAGAGCUACCUCCUGAACGGAAAGCCAGGGGAAAGGGGCCAGCGCAUGCUCAAACAGGGAUCUCUCCCGCCUAUCAAGGGUCGCAGGAUGAACUGGAUCGAUGCCCCCGAUGAUGUCUUCUUCAUGGCAACCGGCGACACCAGAAAGGUCCGGAAGCUGUUACCAUCAUUUGACAUCAGGAGGGCCGCCCGGCAGCCAUACAAACCGAUCUUCAUCAAGCACAUCCACUCAGAGCUGCUGCCCGCACGGCCACCAGUCAAUGAGGAGCCCAUCGUUAUUGAGGAUUAGCCCAAGACUCUUCACAUGUCCCAUUCCUUCCUGGUGGAGUAGAGACUCGGCCACCCAGAGCUCUUGGCCCCAAAAUGUUUCAGUUGGGUAGAGGAACAUUCUUCUUCUUUUCUUUGUAUUUUGUCUUUUUUGUGGACAGCCAUGUCAACAUUGGAGAGAAUGUCAUUGAGUAGACAUAUUUGUAAAUAUUUGUAUAUUUCUAUGGUAUUAAUCCCUGCUUGCUAAGCCUUCCCUGGAAGAUGUGAAUGGUUGGCAUUGUGUGAAAUGAAGUUCCAGGACAGAGCUGCUGCUGCCUGUGGGACAGUUGUUGAUGAGAGGCAGAUGUAACUGAACUCUUUGUACAGACUGUUCGCUUUCAUUGACCUUUUUAAUCCUCUAACCACCCAUCCUGCUUGAGAAAGAGCUGUCGUCUACUGGCUGUACAGAACAUGACAUGGGAUGUGAUUGUUUUGGUCCAUCCACUGUGAGUGUGCAACGUGCCUGCCAUUGGUCUGUCCACAGUACAUUUGAUACCACAUUCUUGGUCGCAUCCCAUGAUGCCAACAUAAUGCUGCUUCUCAAUGUAUGGAUAUAACGAGUUUAGUUCCCUCAGCAGAACCAGCAUGUUCACUUUCAGUGUCUGUUUCAUGCCAAAAGCUGGAAUCCGUAAGGGCCCUCACAUUUUCACAUGGAUGUUGAUGCAGGUUUCACUGAAAACAAACAGACGGUUAACUGUCACAUCAUGGGUGACCCCAGCCACAAAUGGGAUUUGUCUGGGAGGACCAAGAAACAGACCUGCUGGCAGUCUGAAAAAGCACUUACUACGUAUAUAACUAGGACCCAUGAAGAAAUCCCAGGCAAGAAGUUUUAGACUAUUUACGAAUGGGCUUAUGAGCCGGGGCUCGACCAUAAAGACAUGGAUCUGAGUGGGAUAUGACUUUCUUGUUUGAUAAUAAGGUGUACUACUAGUUUAUUGUCUUGUUCACAUUAUGUCUUUGUCAGUGUUACACACACACAUUUGGUUUAUAAUAAUAAUGUAUAAUGUUCUGACAGAAAAUGUGCCACCUUUUACCUCUACAGUAAGUCAGAAUGUUGCUGUUUCAUGAAAUUAUGGCUUUCUUCAUGAAGAAAAACAUGUAUAUUAAAACAUUAAACUAAAAAUGAGUAUGUUUUGAAUUACAAACCAGUUAUUGACCCUUAAUAUGUCCUGCAAGUUGAGAUAUUGGUGGUCUCCAAUAACUAUGCAUUUAGUCUUGGUGAAAUCCCAUACUGAUAGCAAAUAUACAGUAAUAUUGAUACAACUACAAUAUGCUCCUCGGCUGAAAUGCCAGUGCGGGAUAUCCUUCAUUGGUAAUUAGACAACAUGCAGAAGACAAUUGGAAUCAGUCGUCUGCACGAGGGAAUUCAUUACCUAAUCAUAUACAGAAACAUAUAUAAUAGAAGUACAGAACCGUCACAUAAGGUUUCCAGACUCUUGCCAAACUCGGUUUGAAUGAUGCCCCAGGAUCAAAUUGAUUAGUAAUACAAAACCAUAUAUAUUACCAAUGCAAUAUUAGCUUGUUUGUUAAUGUACUUAAUGUUACUCAGAAUUUAAAACAUGAAUUUUGUGUUCAGCAUAACACUGAAACUGUAAGGUAGUUGUAAUGAUUUGCUUUUGAUAUUUACAGAAAUUAUGAACAUGAAAAUGAUUUUGAACAUGACAAAAAUAUUUUUUCAUUUCAAACUACCAAAAUUAUUGUCGUGCACAAUGUAUGUUUUAUUCAUUAAUAUGGUGGUUGAAUGUGACACUUGCCAGUUGUCUUUAGGCAACAACAAAACAAGUGCACAUUUUCUUUAUUAGUCAGUCACUUACAUGUAUUUUCUAAGCCUAAAUCUCACACUAUAAAAGUGCGUGCGUGCGCGCGCGCUGUGAUGGACUGGUGACCUGUCCAGGGUGUAUUCCUGCCUUUCGCCCAAUGUUUCGCCAAAAUGUUUUCCUGACAGUGGUCCAGGGAAAGUACCAGGAAAUUUUGGCCGAAGAUUUGGUUGUCUCUGAUAGGAAGUUGAGACAUGAUCAUCUGUAGAUUGUCCAGCAGGACUAUGACUCAAAACAUACAGUAAAAUCCACACAGAAAUGGUUAAGUGAAAACAACCACGUUCUUCAAUAGCCAUCUCAGUCUCCAGACAUAAAUCCCAUCAAAAACCUGUGAUCUGAGGGAGGGUCCAUAAGUAGAAACCUAAGGAUAUCAAUGAUUCUGCAUGGAGGUCAAGAAUUCCUUCAAAUGUGUUCUCCAACCUUAUCACAAAAGCAAAAGACUCAGCUGUCAUCUUUGCCAGGGGUUGUUGCACAAGGUAUUAAACCAGAGGUGAAAAUAAUUGUGAAACCUAACUCCGAUUAUGAACUUCGGUGAACUUAAUGUACCAGUCUGCCUGACCUGCCAUUUCUUCAAUAAAGACACUUAUUCAUUUUA